AAAUUUAGAAUCACACCUAAAAACAAGAAGUAAAAAUGUGACAAGGAAAUUUAACAAAAAACAAGUCAAAAAUUCGUACUAUUCUCUUCAUGGACUGGAAACUAUUGACUGUUGUCUUUGCUAACAUUCUAGGUUUGUCCACUGUUUCUGGUUCCUGCUACUAUAACUCGUAUACGUCCAACUACUACUGUUACGAUGACUACAGUAACUACGAUUAUUACUACAGCUACUACCGUAACUACUCCUAUACACUGGGUGUUGGUGCCAUCCUUGGUAUCAUAUUUGGCUCCCUCGCUGGAUUGGCCACGUUGAUUGGACUUGUCGUCUGUUUGUGUGUAUGCGUAUGCAGAAAAACAACACCAAAUCAAGGCGCAGUUCUUUAUUACAAUCCCAACACAAAUGCAGGAGCAACUGUGUUGCAAACUACUCAAACAUCGACACAGCCUUACACUCAGCAAGGGUUUUACUCACCUUAUCCUGUGCAAAAUGGAGCAUUUUCUGGUGCUUCACCUCCCCAGUACAGUCCUCCUCAACAGGCUACUGAUAAUGAAAAUCACACCCAGAAAUACUAGUGACAUGUUGCUAAAAUGGUUGUUACAUCAUCGACAUUCUAAAAAUAGUGUAAAAGUGUAAACUGGUAAAGACCAGCAAUCACUUAUUUUACUAGUCUUUUUUUUUUCUCUGUAUGUUUGUAUAUUGUUGUUAACGUUUUCCAUUUAUUGUUGAAUUAUUCAUAAAUGCAGUUUUAAAACACACCUCAAAGAGAAAUACUUUUUAAACAUGUAUAUAAUAUUUAUAAACUUUGGUGACUGAUUAUAUAUUAAUCAUUAUAAUAAUUUUGAAACUUCUUCUAAAAGUACGUAUGUUUUUGUGAAGACUAAACAUAAAGAACUCUUUUAAAAUUAAGAAAAAUUCCAGAGAUACACAAGUCAUGUUUGAAAAUGGCAACCAAUCUUUUAUUUGCAAUUUCAAAGAUAACUUUACAUGUAGUUACAUGUAGGUACCCUACCAAAUAUAUACUUACAUAGCAGGGAAUCCCUUUUUAUGGUUCAAUACAAAUGAAAUAUAAUACAUAGUUCAUUAUUGUCUCGUGUGGUUUUUUUCUGUCCAAUGUAUUUCAAUUUUUCGAAAUUAUGAACUUAAAAAAAAUAUCAUUCUAUUGUAUAUUCAGUGAAAUUAAGAGCCAGACUUUGGAAAAAGACCCUGCAUGCUAUUGCAGGUCUGUAUAAUUAAGAAAUAAAGUCAGCGUUUUCGUGAAUGUUGCAGAAUAACCUCCGAGGUCGAGACGGAAGAGGUUAUUCUGCAUCAUUCACGACAACAAGGACUUUAUAUCUAUUCUACCAUGUAUAACUACAAUUGCUAAACUACGGAUAAUCGUUUCCUCUCUCAUGUCUAUAGAGAAACAAAUUAGGUCACCAUGUCUCGAUUACGCUGUAUUUUUAACACCAGAGGUAAAAUUUUUUUGCUUACCUGUGUAUAGAAUGCAGACGAUUUGAGCUUUCGUUACAUUAAAAAUAGCCUUUUUAAAUUACAAAUUUGUUCGUAAUGUGUAUUGAUCAGUUAAAAUGAAUAUACAAUAACAAAAUCAUGUUCCUGUUUUACUGCUAAAAUCACAAUGUUUAAUGUGUAGGAAGGUCCGUGGAAUAGCCUCGCUUACACAUGUAGCUAUAAAAACCCACAUUCAUCAGCAACUUGAUGCGAUUUACAGUGUUUAUAUUGCAAAAGACGACACAUCGGUGCGGUCAAAACAAGUAUUUCAUUCUACAGCCAAACAUGCAUUUGAAUUGUUCAGAUUUGAUACGUGUUUCUGAUCUGAUUAUUUUUUGAUGACGUUCGUGAUUUAUUGGAGAAUAAUGUCUGCCGGUUUCCUUUAAUGUUUUCAAUAAUCGUGGUAGAAUUAUAUCUACUUUCCAUUUCAGGUUGACUUAUUCAAUCUCCUUAAAGAUGCUCCAAAUUUCAUUAACUGUUGUGAUGUCUUAUUCAUAUCAGUGAUGAAAAUCAUUUGACAAUGCAAAAAUAAUAUAUACACUGUAAAAGGACAAAGCUUUCCAUUGUCACUCCUCUGCAUUGAGAAACAUUCAUAUAAGAUGACUUGCAGGAAAAAAAAACAUGUUAAUUAUCCAUGGCACCUGAUCCUACCUCUGAUGUUUCGGAGGUCCUUGUUUGCUCUGCUCCUAUUUUGUAUUGUUUUAUGGACUUUGAUAUUGAAUGAUGUUCGUUAUCUCCACAUCCCCUUAAGUGGGUUAUGUAAUUUUUUUCUGCAAUAGCUGCGACAUUAAUGCCCGAAAUAAUAUCCAAAGAAAGACAAUUUUUUGUUUAUACAUGUAUUAACAUCUGUUGGAAAAAAAAAAACAUUCAAAGUGAAAUUAAAUGAUUUGUGUUAAAUAUUGUAUUGUUGAUAAAUAUGUCAUUGCAUGCUUAACUGAUGGAACAGCCAUUAUUCAAGAAAUCUGUGCACGUGGCUUGCAUAGUGUCGUUCAUGCAUGAAUCUAUGGCAAUGGUCUUCAUAAAAAAUAAAGGAAAACUAUUCAAUGGAUGUAAAUAUAUGUUCUAUAAUCUUGUAAUGUAUUUGAAAUAUAUUGU